ACAGGCCGCUUCCUCUGCCACGAUCACACCUCCCAUCUGCACCUCCGGUGACGCUCCGCUCGCUCAUCGCCGCCCCGCCCCCGAAAAUGGCUCGAGCGCUGCUCCUGCGAAUAGCCCGCUGCUACCCGCCUCUCCCGACCUCAUCCGCGCUCUCCCAGCCGCGGCCCCUGCCGCCGCCGCUGCUCCGCCGCCAGGCGCCCUCCCCGCUCCGCUUCGUCCCCGCCUCGUCCGUGUCCACCAGCUCGGAUGCUCCCAGGGACGGCGGGGGCGGCCGCAAGGGGGAAGAGGAUGGCGCGGAGGGCGGCGGCUACGUCGACUACUUGGGGAUGAGCGACGAGGAGCUCAUGGGGCAGUGCGAGAUGGGCACGUUCAAGGCGUCCGGCCCCGGCGGCCAGCACCGCAACAAGCGCGAGUCCGCCGUCCGGCUAAAGCACCGCCCCACCGGCAUCAUCGCCCAGGCUGUGGAGGAUCGGUCACAACAUAUGAAUCGAGCAUCUGCUUUGUCUCGGCUUCGAACCCUGAUUGCUCUUAAAGUUAGGAGGCCAAUAAACCUUGAGGACUACACUCCACCAGUUGAGCUUCUUCAGAUAUUGCCCCUAAAGUCCACCAUACGAGGAAAAGAUGUUGGGCCCCAAAUUGGUCCAAAUAACUCAAAAUUUUCUCCAGGAAUGCAAGCUUUAUUAGAUCUGCUGUUUGCUGUUGAAGGUUCUGUAUCAGAUGCAGCAAAGAUUUUAGGCCUAAGUACUGGUGCUUUGUCAAGAUUGAUUCUGUCAGAUGACUCUCUCCGGACAGCUGCAAAUGAACUGCGAGCUUCAAAGGGACUGAAGCCUCUAAGAUGAAAUCUGUAAAAUUGUUACCUUCAAAUGUGCCUAGCCCAAGUGCCAAGUUGCUCAGAAGUCAGGAGCCAUGAUUUCAAGGGAAACAUUUGGGACUUAUACUCAUUCUGUUGGUUUAAGGAAUGUUCAUAUAUCAGUUAAAAUUGCCCCAAACAUGGUCAAUGGGCAGUUAGUAUCUCGUGUAUUAGAUAUACAUUAUGUUCUCCAACACCACUGUACUAUUUUUUCGGAGGAAUCUCCCUGCUAACCACUAACUCUUGAUAAGGUUGUUGAAACGGAUGUGCUGAAUUGCUAUUUGGAUUAGCUGCAACUACCACACGGGUAUAGAAUUCUGAUUUUGUUUUGUAUCA